UACUGACGUAUUUCUAGUUACAUUCAUCCAUGUCAUUUGUUUGUGAUUAGUGUGAUUUCUGUUUACAUCUUGUGUUUUACAAUUAACAUCAAUUUAUUUUGAGUUUUGAGUCUUUACAAUAAAGUUUUAAAAAUAAAAAAAUAAAAAUGGCAGGAGAAGUAGUUGUAGACGCUUUACCAUAUAUUGAUCAAGGUUACGAUGAUCCCGGAGUUCGCGAAGCGGCUCUAGGUAUGGUAGAAGAAGAAUGUAGAAGAUAUAGGCCAACAAAAAAUUACUUGGAAAAUGCGGGUCCCGAACUGAGUACAGCAUUUGAAACAACAGCUCUGCAGCGAGAAAUGGAGCGUGUACAGCAGCGACUACCAAUGGAGCCGCUGUCCAUGAAAAGAUAUGAGUUGCCACCACCUCCGGCUGGGCGUCUCGGUGAGCCAGCGGCCUGGUCCGAGUCAGUGGACAACUCACACGCACAAUUGUCUCACCAAGCGACUAGAGUAUUAAAUCUGGAGCUGCAGCUACAAUAUGGGUCUGAAGCUUGGAGGUCAUAUUUGAAUACACUACAGGCGUUGGUCACCAGGUCGCAAAAUAUUCACACACAGUUAAGGAAGCAAAUAGCGUCAGUGAACUGGGAGCGCAAGCGGUCGCAGACGGCGAGCGGCGCACGGCUGCGGGCGCUGCGGCGGCGCUGGGCGCAGCUCGUGUCCGACAACUACCGCCUCGAGAGGGCCGUCAUGCAGCUGGAGGGGCAGCUGCACAAGGCAAGGGGUCAAGCAUCAGCUGGUGAUGAUGAGCCGGCAGACUUGGAAGCAGUCAAGAUGUUACCAGAUAAGCUCAAUUCGGAAACAGAGAAGGAGGUGCAGAAGAAGAUUGAAGACAUGUUUGCAGAUUAGUCAUUAUAUAUAGGGACUUUAGUGUCUAUGGUGGAAUUUAACAUCUUUGAUUGUUUAUGUAACAAUCUGGUAAUAAAAAUAUUGGUUUGAACAAAUCAAGUUAGAAUAAAAUUCAAUGUAAA